AUGAAUUUAUUUUCAUCAUUUCAGAUGAGACUUCUAAGCACAGCUGUUGUGCUGCUAUUAUUUGCUGUCAACGUCAAUCCAGACGACAGCAGCGAGACGACAAAUGGUACAUGCAGUCUGGACGAAACUACAUGCGCAUUGGACGAUGAAGCUGGACCUUGGACCGGCCUGCUGAGGGAAUGGGCUCUGACUGCCACUGAAAAUAGUAGACACGGUCGUAUUAUGGCUGUACCUCAGUCAAAGGGAUAUUAUGUAUCUGACCGCAUUGACCUGGCACCGCCGCCGCCACCACAGUCAUAUCAUCAUUCCCAUUCACAUCCCGUCCCGUCCCACCACAACAUGCGCCCAGUAACACCCCCAGGAGGCAGACCAUAUGACGAGUGGCAACAGACUCCACCACCUACGCCAGGAGCUGGGAAAAUUGUGAAUAGACCACAGAAUCCGUACAAGGAUAAGUUCAAACCGAGUCCAAGUUAUAAUCCACCAUCCAACCAGCCGAUCCCAGUACACAACCAACCGCCCCAACAACGUCCACAAACCGUUGACAGAGUAGAUGAAAACAAACCCUCACCCCAAAAGCAGGUCUCCGAGACCGACUUGUAUCUCUUAAGUGCUAUAGAGAAGUUGGUGUACAGGGCCGACCUCAUGGAGAAACGGGUGAGGAAGUUGGAAGAGAGUGUUCAUUACCUUGUGGCUGGUGUUGAUAAGAAACCAGAGCCUUGUGCCGAGAACUUCACGCGCGUGGGCGGCGGCUGCUACCACGUGUCGGGCGAGGCAGCCAACUGGAAGGGCGCCAACUACGCCUGCCGACGGCUGAAAGCCAACAUGCUGGAGCUCAACACUGACGUCGAGAAGAAGCACUUCACUUCUGCCGUGCUCAGCGACAGCAAACUCAAAGGUGAUGACUUUUGGACCGGUGGCUUGAACCCUGGCUUACUGUUUAUAUGGUCGCACUCUGCGCGGCCCGUGGUCACCAACAACACAAGUGCCUCCUCCAAUAACACACAAAUGGCAACCAUCGUCGGGGAAGGGAGGUGCCUCGCCUGGGUCUACGACCCCGCAGUCAAUACGUACGUGUACAGAGGACAAGACUGCGCUCUCAAACAUCGGUACGUGUGUGAAUUAGAGGAGGACAAAGCUAAGCUUAGUAAUGAGAUAGAAAGAGUCGCCAAGAUGUUGAGACAAGGGAGGAAGGGUAGAAAACCAAAGAUUAUAUGGACUGACGAAGAGACGAGGUAG